CCUCCCCCCUCCGUGUCCACUAAGCGGUUUCAGAUUGUGAAGGGACUCGUCCCUACAGCCACGGAUGCGCGGUGCAACAUGGCGACAGAGUUUCAUAACCUGCAGGAGUUGAGGCACAGUGCAUCUCUGGCCAACAAAGUAUUCAUCCAGAGAGAUUACAGUGAAGGGACCACCUGCAAGUUUCAGACCAAGUUCCCAUCUGAGUUGGAAAGCAGGAUCGAGCGGACUCUGUUCGAGGACACUGUGAAAACGCUGAAUAACUACUAUGCAGAGGCAGAAAAGAUUGGAGGACAGUCCUACUUGGAGGGGUGUCUGGCCUGUGCUACAGCAUAUCUCAUCUUCCUCUGCAUGGAGACACGUUAUGAGAAGGUGCUGAAGAAGAUUGCCAAGUACAUUCAGGAGCAGAAUGAGAAGAUUUAUGCUCCUAGAGGUCUCCUUAUCACAGAUCCCAUAGAAAGGGGAAUGCGUGUUAUAGAGAUUUCCAUCUAUGAAGAUCGGGGCUCCAGUGGCUCCAGCUCAGGGAGCAGCUCUGUGUCUGGAAGCACUGCUCGAUAACUGGUUACUUCCUAAACCUGUGUCCACCUGAUCACUCACAACUAGGAAGGAAGGAACACCUAGGACAUAAUGCUACUCAUGUUCCAACACUGAACACCCCCUCAGCUACACUCACACAAAGGAUUCACAAUUUUUUUCCAUCGUGUGUUUAAGUUGGUUACACUAGACAUUUAAAAGGUGCACUUUAGGGGUUUAUUACAAAGUGCUGAUGCACUUUUGUUAGGAUGUAAUGUCUCAAUGAAAAGGAAAAAAAAAGAUGUAGCUAGUAAUGCUUUGUGUGAUCCGACCAUUUCUCCUUCCUGUCCGAUUUCAUGAUAAAAGGGAGGAAAUGCUGAGACCAGACCUCAUACCUCUUUUGCUGUCAUUGCACCACGUAGGCCAGAUCAACCUGAGCUGCACCCUGAAAACACUGGACCAAACACAAGACUAGACUGAACUCAAUUAUCUACUCAGCACAUCAGUCACUGGCUUUUUAAUACUUUGUUAUGAAACUGUUUCCACUUCUCAACAAAUGCCAUAAGUAUUUGUGUAAGGCUUACAAAUUCUACCUGCCCAGAACCCAAAUAGAUAGUACAUGGCACCACUUCCAGAUCUGCUGUAAAUCAUACUGUCUGGCAGCAGAUGAAUGUCAUUUAAGCCACCCAUAAUGUAGCAGAUCUUCCAUUUUUCUCACGAAGCUUGUAUUUCCUUCUUUAGGGUCACAGCUACAAAUCCAAGUACUAACCUCUUGGUUUCACUGAGCGUGAACCGCUCUUCCUAAAUUUUGAUUAUGCAAAGACUUGCUGUGUGUGAAGUGCAGCAGUAAGUGUAGAAGCGAUGGGUUAAAAAAAAUGUCUUCCUAAUCUUACCUGUGUUAAUAAAAUACACCAACCCUUCCUUGCUUUAUGAACAGACUUCCAAAGAACAAUAACUGCCAAAAAAACAGACUCACAAAUGUGAAUGUUUCUUUUAUUUUGGUGACAUUUUGUGCAAGAACAAGUUUUCAUACUGCUUGUUGUUUAAUACACAUGGUAUAGAUGACUGAUGUCAAAUAAACAAUUUCAUCACAGCUCCA